GCUUUUCCAAUCCACUGGCAGGAACGUGGCACCACCAGAGCGGUGAUCCAGCUGGCCUUAACCAGUGUCACAGGCCACCCCCUGCAGCCACGCACAAGUUGCCCCCUACUGCCUGGGCAUAGACUGAACAGCCACCCCCUGCUACUUGGGCACAGACUGCCCCACCACCCAGGCACAAAUUGCCUGGUCACCCCCUACAAUAUAGGCACAGACCAGGUGGCCACUUCCUGCCACCAAGGCACAGACUGUCUGGCCACCCCCUGCCAGCCGGGCAUAGACUACCUGGCUAAGGGCUGGACCAGGAGCCCUAUGGCCCCACCUCAUGUAUACAAAACAGCGCCGAUCGCACCCUCGGCUUUAAUAUUAAAGGGGAGCUCCUGGAGACGGCAGUUCAUAGCCUGCAGUUCGGCCUGGCCACUCAGCUCAAGGAGCAUGGUCUGUGACUGGAGGGAGCCCCAAGACCUGCAGAAAAUCCUGGACCUGGAGCUGAGGAGCAGUGGGGAGCCCCAGCAGAGGGUGCUGGAGCACUGCCGGGACGUCAUCCACUACAGCGUGAAAACAUGUCAUCCUCGUUUCUUUAACCAGCUGUUUUCGGGGCUGGAUCCCCAUGCCCUGGUGGGACGGAUGAUCACAGAGACACUCAACACCAGCCAGUACACCUACGAGAUCGCCCCCGUGUUUGUGCUGAUGGAGGAGGUGGUGCUGAAGAAGCUGCGGGAGCUGAUUGGCUGGGGGAGUGGAGACGGGAUAUUCUGCCCAGGAGGCUCCCUCUCCAAUAUAUACGCCAUGAACGUGGCACGGUACCAGCGCUUCCCAGACAGCAAGCGGAUGGGCAUCUGGGCAUUGCCAAGGCUGGCGGUGUUUACUUCGCAAGAGUGCCACUACUCCGUCCAGAAGGGGGCGGCUUUCCUGGGCAUUGGCACAGACAACAUCUACCUGGUCGGAGUGGAUGAGAGGGGGAAAAUGAUCCCUGCAGACCUGGAGAAACAGAUCAACAAGGCAAAAUCUGAGGGCGCGUGUCCUUUCUUUGUCAACGCUACCUGCGGCACCACUGUGCUGGGAGCCUUCGACCCACUGGUGGACGUGGCAGACCUAUGCGAGCGCCACGGGGCCUGGUUUCACGUGGACGCCGCAUGGGGUGGGAGCGCCCUGCUCUCCAGAAGACACAGACAUCUCCUGCGUGGGAUAGAGAGGGCGGAUUCAGUGGCUUGGAACCCCCACAAGAUGCUGAUGACGGGUUUGCAGUGCUCUGCCUUCCUGCUUCGAGAUAGCUCCGGCCUGCUGCAGCAGUGCCACUGUGCCAACGCCACCUACCUCUUCCAGACCGACAAGUUCUACGACAUGGCCUACGACACGGGAGACAAGACCAUCCAGUGUGGCCGCAAGGUGGACUGCCUCAAGCUGUGGCUGAUGUGGAAGGCCAAUGGGACUGAGGGGCUGGAGAAGCGAGUGGACAGGGCCUUCGAGUUCACUAGGUACUUGACUGAGGAGAUAAAGAAAAGGGAAAGUUUCCAGCUGGUGAUAGAGCCCGAGUUCAUCAAUCUGUGUUUCUGGUUUGUGCCGCCCAGCCUCCGGGGCAAGCAGAGCUGUGCUGAUUACUGGGAGAGACUGGGAAAGGUGGCUCCAGCUAUCAAGGAGCGGAUGAUGAAGAAAGGGUCCAUGAUGGUGGGCUACCAACCCCUUGGCAGCAAGGUCAACUUCUUCCGCCAGGUUGUCACAAAUCCCGUGGUCACCAAGCAGGACUUGGACUUCUUCCUGGAUGAGAUCGAGAGACUGGGCACAGAUUUGUAGGGAUCUCAGGCCCCCCUCCUCACCAUCAGCUCCUGGCAGGUCUCCCAGUGAUGGUGGGACAUCACAUCCACUCCUGCCCAUGGUAUCCUUCUCCACAGCCUCCAGCAGGCACUACCAUGAUAACACAGUUCACCAGAGUUCAGGUGUUCAGAUGCUGGCCUCGCCCACAUGUCCUGCAUAGACAUUACACCAGAGAGGAACUCAGCUUUUGUGCUUCUCUCUAGCAACUCCCUCUCUUCCUCUCCUGGGUCCUUUUGAGAGAAGGGACAUUGUGAAGGCCCAGAAGAGGGUAGCACCUGAGGUUACUGAAAAGAUGGUAGCAUUCUUCUUGAGAUUAUCAGCUAGCACAUGAUUCCAGAGCUUUCCUUUGCCUGUGACCUGAGGCAGCUCCAGUAAGACUCUGUCGGGACUUGGGUACAUCUUGGACAAGUUGGAAGAGGGUGCUUAUCUUGGAUUCUGGAGGUGGACAUUUCAGCCCCAGCCCGCGGACAAGUAGAACAUCAACAUCUGGUGCAACAGACCAGGGUCUGGGAUGUACGCUCAACAGACACAGCUGAUCACGUAGGAGGAAUGGCGGUUAUGGGGCAGUCCACACGUGCCCUGGAGAUGCACUGAGCUGUGUGGAACUGGCACAAAGCUCCACCUGGAUUGCCUCCAAACAGCCUUUUCAAGUCAAACGAAACUGCCGAAACUGCUUCUCAAGCUGCUACCAAGCGAUUGCGGUGCUCCUUUGUCGUUCCUCCCCUGCCCUUAGCACUCUGGCCUAGGUAUUUGUGAUUCAUUUAAUUAAGCGCAUGAUGUCAGUUCUUAAUAAAUGGUAAAUGCCC